AGGUUUUAUUUAUUUGUUUUUCUUUCGGCUGUCAAUGGUUGUCAGUUGACAAUAAUAGCGGAACCAAAGUGCGGGGGAAGUUGUUCCUGUCGAGAUAGUUUUUCAGCGGACCACAGGAAGUGGAGAAUGGCUAAAGAGAAGCGUCACAGAAGGAGAGAGUCUCCGGAGCGGGAGAGUAGAGUUGAGAUAAAGCAGGAGAAAGUCAGUCCUGUUAGGCCACAGAAACUACACGGAUCCAGAUCCAGCGGGACCUCCAGUCCUCCCUCCAGAAGGAGAACCAGCAGAUCACCUGUGAGGACGAAGGACCAGUCACUGGGCAGGAGAGACGCAUCUCCCAGCAGGCGAAGUAGCAGAUCUCCCAGAAAUCAGAGAAGUCGCAGUCCUCGUCAUGGACCUGAUGACAAAAUAAAGCGGGAGCGGGAACACCAUCGGACCAGUGAUAAUGAGUGCAGGAGAAGAAAAGACCAAACAGAAAGGUUGAGCAGGAGGGAACCAGACAGACUACGGGAUAGAGAUCGUAGCAGAGAAAGACAUCAGGAACAGAACACACUUGCCAUCCAACAACAGCAGGAUGAGAGGCGGCAACAUGAUGAGCGACGUAGGGAAAACCACCAGCGGCUUGAAGAAAACCAGGAGCCUAACUUUGGACAACCGCAGCGAGGAAGUAAUAGCAGGGAUGCUCCUCCAGCUGAGAAGGAAAAGCCCAACUUUGAACUGUCAGGGACGCUCACUGAAGAUACAAACACAUUCCGAGGGGUGGUGAUAAAGUACAAUGAACCACCUGAGGCCCGCAUUCCCAAGCGUAGAUGGCGCCUGUACCCUUUUAAGAAUGACGAACCACUUCCAGUCAUGUACAUCCACAGACAGAGUGCCUAUUUGUUGGGGCGUCAGCGAAGAAUUGCUGAUAUCCCUAUUGACCAUCCAUCGUGCUCCAAGCAACAUGCAGUGUUCCAGUACAGGUUGGUGGAGAUAACACGUGCAGAUGGCACCACGGGCCGCAGGGUGAAACCUUACAUCAUUGACCUGGGUUCAGGUAAUGGCACUUUCCUGAACAACCAACGCAUUGAAUCCCAGCGUUAUUAUGAGCUCAAAGAAAAAGAUGUUCUCAAAUUUGGCUUCAGCAGCCGCGAGUACGUUCUCCUGCACGAGUUCUCGGACACGAGUGAAGUGGACGGUAAGGAGGAAGACGAAGAUGAGGGAGUCGCUGAGUAAAUCGCUCCCAUAAACUGUAACACCAGGUUCAUUCAGGUUUGGUGGCGUUGUCAUACUUCUUGGGGGGGGGAUCUUUUUCUGCCGGAAUUGCAAAUAAACUGAAAAUGUGGGACUGAAGACAAAAAAAAAGACAAGUUUGUAUAUUUUGAGAUUACAUAAUUCUUGCUUAAACCUGCCACAAUUGUCUGAUUGAAGACCUUCUAUUCUCAGGUUGUGUAGCGUCUGUGGUAAACUGAUGUUACAUCUGGUAUCGCUCACAAAGUAACGUGCAGCAUGCCAGGUCUCAAAAAUACGACAGUUACUUUUUUGUUUGGAUCAAAACUCUGAAUCCUGUAUGUGAAGACUAAUCUCGUGUGUAUAUUGUGAUGUAUAUGGUAUUUAGAGGUCUGGCAGGCAAGUUAUAAUUUAAAUUAAUUGUGAAUGUAAACAAAUAAUGUGCUCUUGAAACAAUUAGUUGACAUUAACAGCUUGAAGUUUCAGCUUCAUUCACUUGAUUACUCCACCGUUUUCUUCUUCACACUCACAGUCAGAUGCUUGGAUUUAAUGGAGUCUGUUCUGGUUUAUUUUUCCCUUUGUAUAUUAAUGUCAGGAUACACAAAAUUGUUGCCAAAGAGCAAAGACCGCUGUGCCAAAAGCCUUUCAAAAACACGGCAAAAUCACUAAUAUGGAUGAUUUUUCUGAAAACACUCUAAUCUAUUACCCAGGAAAAUGCUCUCAAAAUGCAUCAAACAUAACACUGUGUGCAUAACAGCCAAAAUCAAUGUUUAUCAGCGUAUCGGCCUAAAAAUAUAAUACAAUUCCAUUCCAAGCUGUCUGUUGUGAUUGUAAGAGGAUGAUUAAUGAAAUAAUGAAAGCACUAACUGAAAAAUGUCCGUGUUUGAAAUAUUUAAGAGCACAGUUGAAUAAUUUUAUACAUCAGUUAUUUUGAGAGCACAUUACUUUUUGAAUUAAACUGGUGCAUGUGAAUACAUUUCCAGUUUUCCCUGUAGUAGAAAAUUAAAUGUAAAUUUGUUUAACAAGCAUACCUUAUUGUAAGCAUAAACAGACCUUUAUAUUGUAUUGAUAUUGCAUUUUUUGCUUUAGCAGUGCAGGAAAAUACCAGAAUGUACAUAUGUUUAUGGAUAGUGACACAGUUUUUGUAAUUUUGUCUCGUCUUUGUGCACCACCACAGUGAAUUCACUAUGAGGCACCCCGUAUGUGAUUGUCGUGUAAAAUUUCAGAUUUAAUUCAAGGAAUUUAACAACUGUUGUACGAACUGUUUCGGAAUGACAGACAUUUUUAGACAGUCCCUCCAUUUUCAUUUGUAACUGGACAAUUAUUUGAUGUGCAGAUUCCAGUUGUGGCUGGUUCCUUUAUUUCAUGGCACAUUAAGCACAUAACACAUCUGGAGUUGAUUCCAAGUGUUGAAUUUGCAUUGAACUGUUCCUUGGAACUCUGAAUAUAAUGUCAAAAGAGGUACUGAUAUGAACAAGAGAGGCCAUAUUUACGUUAAACAACCUAAACCAAUCAGGCCAAUAGCAGAAACUUUAGGAGUGUCCAAAACAACAAUUUCAAAUGAAGGAAUGCAUGGGUGCUAAAUAACAACAAAAAGCUUGGAAGACGACUCUAAUUCCUUCUUUCGUGAAGACAAAUGCCUUCACAACAUCAACAUCUCGAGCCAAGUCAGAAACCCUCUGGAGGAGGUACCCAUUUAUAUAAAGCUGAACAAGCAUACAAUGAUUACUUUCAACUCCUGUUGUGGUGCUGUACAAAGGCAAAAUUACAAUAACUGUAACUUCAGAUAUGUACUCCACUGUAUUUGUUGUGGUUCUUUGUUCCCUGCACUGCAUAUUUACAUACUGCCCUUUAUGGUUUUGUCUGUUAGAGCCCACAGCUUUCAUAUUAAAUUUCUCAUUUUUCUACUGUAAAAGACA